CGCUGAUAAAGACGACAGCUUCAGUCUGCUCAGAGCCUUCCAAGGCCUCAGUUUCAGCCCGGCGAUCUUCACAGGCAGCAAACCAACCAAAACUCCCACGGCAGCCGACGCGGAGCCCUGCAGAGUCAUGUGACCUCUCAGAAACACGGACCCAACGCGCACACGCACACGCCUGAGAGCGGGAGAGAGAGACAGGAAACACUGAUGUGUGUUAAAGGGACGCGGAGCGCCGCGGGAUCCAGCCAGAGAGCGGCAGCAUGCUGGCCUCAUCCGUGCGUCCGCGGGCGUCUUCCACAGCCGGCCGUUCUCUGUGUGUCCGUCCGGCCAGAUGGAGAGAGGAUGCGGAGCGACCGGUGCGGAGGAGAGCAGUGCGGGGCUUCCAGGAGAUUCCUCACACCGGCAGCAGCGGCUGGAUCAACCUGCUGCGCUUCUGGAAGGAGGGAAGAUUCAGCCUCCUUCACAAGCACAUGGAGAACACCUUCAGACAGCUGGGACCCAUUUACAGAGAGAAUCUGGGCUCUCAGAGCACCGUGAACAUCAUGCUGCCGACGGACACCAGCGAGCUCUUCCGCUCCGAGGGCCUCCACCCGCGCCGCAUGACCCUACAGCCCUGGGCGACGCACCGAGAGACUCGCAAACACAGCAAGGGCGUCUUUCUCAAGAACGGGACGGAGUGGCGCGCCGACAGGCUGCUGUUGAACAAGGAGGUGAUGAUGGCUUCGGCCGUGCGACGCUUCCUUCCUCUGCUGGACGACGUGGCACAGGAUUUCUGCCGUUCACUGCGACAGCGGGUGGAGACGGAGGGGGUGGGGGAGAUGGGUCAGCGAAGCAUGACCCUUGACCCCAGUCCUGACCUCUUCCGCUUUGCCCUGGAAGCGAGCUGCCACGUUCUGUACGGAGAGCGCAUCGGUCUGUUCUCGUCCUCUCCGUCUGAAGAGUCGGAGCGCUUCAUCUGGGCCGUUGAGCGCAUGCUGGCCACGACGCCGCCGCUGCUGUACCUGCCACCCCGCCUGCUGCUGCACCUGCGCGCCCCCCUGUGGACACAACACGCCACUGCGUGGGACCACAUCUUCAGUCACGCGGAGGCGCGCAUCCAGCGGGGGUAUCAGCGUCUGCAGGCGGGGGCAUCUGGAGGCUCUGACAGGCGUUUCCAGGGCGUGCUGGGGCAGCUGAUGGAGGCGGGGCAGUUAUCGUUAGAGCUGAUCAAAGCCAACAUCACCGAACUGAUGGCCGGCGGAGUCGAUACGACCGCCAUCCCGCUGCAGUUUGCUCUCUUUGAGUUGGCGCGCAACCCUGAUGUGCAGGAGCGUGUGCGAGCGCAGGUGCUGUCGUCAUGCCAACAGGCAUCAGGAAACCUCCAGAAGGCCCUGCAGGGGGCGCCACUGCUGAAAGGAACCGUGAAGGAAACACUGAGGCUGUAUCCGGUGGGAAUCACCGUCCAGAGGUAUCCGGUUCGAGACAUCGUCCUCCAGAACUACCACGUGCCGGCAGGGACGCUGGUGCAGGUGUGUCUGUAUCCUCUGGGCCGGAGUCACGAGGUGUUCGAGAGUCCGGAGCGCUUCGAGCCGAGCCGCUGGGCCGGAGCUGAGAUGCGAGCGGACGGCCUGGACGCGGGUUCUGGAGGAGGUUUCCGCUCGCUGGCGUUCGGCUUCGGCUCCAGACAGUGUGUGGGCCGCAGGAUCGCAGAGAACGAGAUGCAGCUGCUGAUAAUGCACAUUCUGAGGAACUUCAGACUGACAGUUUCAUCCAGAGAAGAGCUGAACACUAAAUACACACUCAUACUGCAGCCCGAGUCUCCGCCCAGAAUCACCUUCACCACACUCUCACAUUAACAACCAAUCAAUCCAUCAAUCAAUCAAUCACUGCAGUCUGAGAUCGACCGACACCAUCAGCAGCACCUUCAUCUGCGAGCAUGAAUAAGUAAAAAACACUCAAAUUUAACUUCAAAUGUACUUCAGGAUAUUAAAUUAUGUAUGUUUAAAAUAUGCUUUCAGUGCAUUAUUACAGUGAUCAUUUUGAGCAUACUGUUUAAAAGAUAAAAUAUAUUUGUUACAAAGUUCAAAUAAGUACACAGAAAUUUAACUGUAAGUAUUUUUCUGAAAUAUGUUUUUAGAAAUUAUACUUAAAGUGUGUUACAAAUUUUAUCGUGAAAAUGGGUGAAAGCAUAUAAUUUUUAUAUAUUUAAAGAUGGUACAAUUCUUUGUUAGUAAAAAUGCAAUGCACUAUUAAAAAAGGAAAUAUAUUUGAAAUGCAGUAUCCCUCUGAAUCAACGCCUUGAUCUAGAGGAGAUGAACAUUUAAUACGAGUGUUUGUUCUGGAUCAUUUGGAGAAUCAAUACAUGAUGUCAAGAUUCUUCUGCUGUUAAAGUGCUGUGAUUCUGACUAAAUAAACAUGUUUUGAAGAGCGA